UGCUUCCCCCGACAGGACCCGCCAAACCAGAGGCGCGUCCCGCUCCUUCCUCCCGUCCCCGCUUCAGCCUGGCGCUUCCUGGAGCGGAGGCCGAUCCCCAUGGGCGGGUCCCGGGAAUGGCCGUUAAUGGCAGAAGGGGGAGAUUCUGCCCGGAGACUGAUGACGUCAAGGAGAAAGGCGAAUUCCCAUUGGUGGAUUCUGGGCGUUGGGAAGAAAAGAAAGGAGGAGCGUCUCUCUCUGUCUGUGUCGGGCUCCGUUCAACGGCCGCGAAGCCCCGCCCCUCUAUGGGCAUCCUGCCCGCGGCUGCCAUGUUAGGUCCGGGCGGAAGUCCACCGAGGAAGGGAGGCCUCUUCCUAGAGGGGCUCAGGACGAGAGGUCACUUCCGGAGGAGGAGGGACAGAGGAGGCCUUUCGGAGAGAGCGGGAGAGAGGAAGGAGGCGGAGGAGGAGGAGGAAGGGCAUUUAUACCUCGCCCUUCUCGCCCUGAAGGGGACUCAAAGCAGCUUUACAGAACACACACACAUGGCAAACACUCAGUGCCUGAUUAUACAAUCAACAAGGACAGACAACACAGACAGAGUAUUUAUUCCUCGCCCCGAAGGGGACUCAGAGCGGCUUUACCGAACACACACACGGCAAAUAUUCAGUGCCUGAUUCUACAAUUAAGAAGGACAGACGACACAGACAGAGACAGGUAACCUCUGAAAGAACCUUUUGAAGAACACUUUGCCCUUUGUUUUAGGACUGAAAUGAAAGUACACAGCACUGACAACAAGAAGAAAUAAGUUGGAGAAAUUAUAUUUCAAGCUACAUAUCUGUGUAUUCAAGGAGGAAAGGAAGGAUUGUGCUGUAAGAAAGAGGGGCUUGGCAAAGAGGAAAGCAGACUACAAUAAUCGAUACAAAGACUCAAAAGAGGAAAACUUCACCUGUUCAGGAGUACAUAUCUCUGAACUUCUGGUAUAAUAUUUGAAUCAUAAAUGUAAAAGAAUGGAAAAUCUCAAUUCCUUGUCAAAAUCACACACAGGGGAGGAACUACAUAAUUGAAUGGACUGUGGGAAAUGCUUCAUUUGGAGGAGAUCCCUUACUAAACUUCAACUCACACAGGAGAGAAGGCACAUAAAUACAUGGAAUGUGGAAAGAGCUUCAGGAACAGGGCAAAUCUCCAUACCCAUCAAAGCACCCUCACAGGAGAGAAGCCACAUAAAUGCAUGGAGUGUGGAAAGAGCUUCAGUCAGAGUGGAAAGCUGCAUAUCCAUCAAAGGACCCACACAGGGGAGAAGCCACAUAAAUGCAUGGAAUGUGGAAAAAGCUUCAGUCAGUGUGGACAUCUGCGUGUCCAUCAAAGGACCCACACAGAGGAGAAGCCACAUAAAUGCAUGGAAUGUGGAAAAAGCUUCAGUCAGAGUGGACAUCUGCAUACACAUCAAAGGACCCACACAGGGGAGAAACCACAUAAAUGCAUGGAAUGUGGAAAGAGCUUUAGUCACAGUGUGAGUCUGCGUUCCCAUAAAAGGAUCCACACUGGGGAGAAGCCACAUAAAUGCAUGGAAUGUGGAAAGAGCUUCAGUCAGAGUGGACAUCUGCGUACACAUCAAAGGACCCACACAGGGGAGAAGCCACAUAAAUGCAUGCAAUGUGGAAAGAGCUUCAGUCAUGGUGUGAAUCUGCAUACUCAUCAAAGGACCCACACAGGGGAGAAGCCACAUAAAUGCAUGCAAUGUGGAAAGAGCUUCAGUAAGAGGGGAGAUCUGCAUAUCCAUCAAAGGACCCACACAGGAGAGAAGCCACAUAAAUGCAUGGAAUGUGGACAGAGCUUCAGUCAGAGUGGACAUCUGCGUGUCCAUCAAAGGACCCACACAGGGGAGAAACCACAUAAAUGCAUGGAAUGUGGAAAGAGCUUUAGUCACAGUGUGAGUCUGCGUUCCCAUCAAAGGAUCCACACUGGGGAGAAGCCACAUAAAUGCAUGAAAUGUGGAAAGAGCUUCAGUCAGAGUGGACAUCUGCGUACACAUCAAAGGACCCACACAGGGGAGAAACCACAUAAAUGCAUGCAAUGUGGAAAGAGCUUCAGUCAUAGUGUGAAUCUGCAUACGCAUCAAAGGACCCACACAGGGGAGAAGCCAUAUAAAUGCAUGGAAUGUGGAAAAAGCUUCAGUCAGUGUGGACAUCUGCGUGUCCAUCAAAGGACCCACACAGAGGAGAAGGCACAUAAAUGCAUGGAAUGUGGAAAGAGCUUCAGUCAGAGUGUGAAUCUGCAUACUCAUCAAAGGACCCACACAGGAGAGAAGCCACAUAAAUGCAUGGAAUGUGGAAAGAGCUUCAGUCAGAGUGGACAUCUGCAUGUCCAUCAAAGGACCCACACAGGGGAGAAGCCACAUAAAUGCAUGGAAUGUGGAAAGAGCUUCAGUCAAAGUGUGAAUCUGCAUACUCAUCAAAGGACCCACAGAGGGAAGAAGCCACAUAAAUGCAUGGAAUGUGGAAAAAGCUUCAGUCAGAGUGGACAUCUGCGUACACAUCAAAGGACCCAUACAGGGGAGAAACCACAUAAAUGCAUGGAGUGUGGAAAGAGCUUCAGUGAGAGUAGAAAGCUGCGUCUCCAUCACAGAAUACAUACAGGGCAGAAGCCACAUAAAUGCAUGGAAUGUGGAAAGAGCUUCAGUCAGAGUAGCAGUCUGCGUUCCCAUCAAAAGACCCACACAGGGGAGAAGCCAUAUAAAUGCAUAGAAUGUGGAAGAAGCUUCAGUCGCAGUGACACUCUACGUUUCCAUCAAAGGAAGCACACAGGGGAGACGCCAUAUAAAUGCAUGGAAUGUGGAAAGAGCUUCAGUCGGGGUGACAGUCUACGUACCCAUCAAAGGACCCACACAGGGGAGAAGCCACAUAAAUGCAUGCAAUGUGGAAAAAGCUUCAGUCAGAGUGGACAUCUGCAUGUCCAUCAAAGGACCCACACAGGGGAGAAGCCACAUAAAUGCAUGGAGUGUGGAAAGAGCUUCAGUGAGAGUGUAAAGCUGUGUCUCCGUCACAGGAAGCACAUAGGGGAGAAGCCACAUAACUGAAUGGACUGUGGAAAGAGCUGCACACAAGGUUCAGCCUUCAUUACACAUCAAAGAACUCACACACAGCCAGAGUACCCCUUCCUGUAUGUUUCCUAUUUCUCCUAACAAAUUUCCCCACUUAAGGGUCCCAGACAGAAAAAAAGAGAAUAGACAGAAAAAUGAAGGCCGCCACCUUGAUCUGUAUCUAUCGUGUACAGCAGUUUCUGUCGUCUGGCUUGACUGAUUCUGGGGGCAGGUCUCUCACAGGGGAGGACUUAUCUCAGUAUUGCAGUCAGCUUGGAAGGGGUUAACAUGGGCUUUUCCUCCUCAAGAAAAGCAUUGCAGGCUUCUGAGAUGAUCUGUGAAGGCUUUCUGAAAUGAGCAGCAGCUGAGCUCUCAAGAGAAAAGGGAUCUGGAAAAGAAUAGCUCUUUUGUAGCAGAUAACAUCAGAAAUCUUUCCCUGGAUCUUGGCUCUGCUGCCCCUCAAAUAGAAUUCUGGACUCUGGCCUUCUUCCUAUAAUCCUGUUCUGGACUCUAUUGUUCCCUGAAUCGCUGAAUGUAAAUUCUGGACUGACUGCUUGGCUUGAUUUAUGGACUUGGGCUUCAGUUUGCAUGCCUGCCUUUCUGACUGGGCUUUGAAAUAUUGACUUCAGUUUGUACUCUUGCAUUCUUGGUUGUUCUUUUAUGAACUGUGGUGAAUACAUUCCUGACAUCUGGCUAUUAGACUGUGACCUUGGCAAAUAUUUGUUUAUUUGUAAAUUAUGCAGUCAUACUUAUAAUUGUAAGCCGCUUUGGGUCUCCUUCGGGAGAGAUAAAGUGGGUGUAAUGAAGUAUGAGUUUUGUAUUCAUGUUUGUUGUGUUUAACUAUGUGCUUUUGGUUUGGUUAGGUAGGUAUGAGACGGCGGCAGCCAUUUAGUGGCUCUCCUCUGAGGCAGUUGCCAUGGAGAUGUGGGCGGAGCCAUCUGCCGAGGGGAGGAGAAGUGAAGAGGUUUUUUUAAAAGUGAAGCCUCAGUCUGUGCUCAGAUGAGGCACAGGGAAGAUUGAUUCCAAGUUGAUGGGAUCAAGGAGACUCAAUUGUUCAUUUUGAGUCGGUUAUAAAUAAGUUUGGUGACUCAUUUAAUGUAGUCUGUGUCCUGGAAAGGCACAGAGAAUCUGUGAUAGUAUAUCACAGGGGUGACUGUGGUUUGAAGUCACUGGAUAGUCCAAGUUUCAGACUUUGGGAACCAAUCCCAGCUGGACUCACAGAGAUCCAUUGAAGUAACAGUUUAAAAGGAGCAGAGGAAGAAGUUUUAACUACUUUAAGUAAAAGAAGGGAUACUUUAGAGAGUUUGAUUCAUCUCAUUCUAGUAUUUUAACUGUUAAUAAGAAUACCUCUAAGUGAAACAUCUUUUGUAACCACCAAGCUUGUGCCUGAAUAAACUUGAUAUUGUUCUUUCAACAUCAAAGCCUCUGUCGUCUAUAGACUCCCUCAGCACAAUUGCGCUACCAUUUUAACACCAAAUAAAGUAAAAGGCUUCCUCUGAGCUAUUGGGUGGUUGAGCACUUUUAUAAUGUAAAGGUGUCUCUCCACAUAGUGGUGGUUGCAUUUCCACUAAUCGGUGGCAGUUGUCUUUUAUUGUUUGGGACAUUUAUUUGUUAUUAAUUGGGUCUUCUAGGCUACCCUCCUUUACACAAUGGUGGCAGUGGUGGGAUAAAAAAGAUUUCCCCCCUGCCUGAAAGAGCCUUAGUUGUUAUUCGUCUUUUACAUAAUAAUAAUGCCUGCUUAGAGUAAACCCCCUGUAGUAAUUGCGACUGUUCAGUCAUUUCCAUUAGCAAAGGAUCCAUUAGGAUACACAACAUCUCUCCCUAAUUGCAGAGAAUGGAAGACAAUGUGAUGACAUUAGCUGAUGAAGAUUCUUAAAUCUGUUGAGAUGGACAAUUUAACUAAGUUGAUGAAGAGACAUAUUUGUCUUAACUACAAGCAAGAUUGGGACCUACUAAUUCACUAGUUAUAAUAAUGAGGGGACAUUUGUUUACUGUGGGUUUUAGGAAUUAGUUUAAUAUAAUUAAAAAUGGAAGAGUAAAUAUAGAACAGCAUUUAAAGUGAGUUAAUAGAGAUACAAAUCAGCAUGCAGUGAGAGUUGUUUAGUUUCAUUUUUCUGUUAGUUUUGUUCUUAUUGUGUAGGUAUGUGUUGUUGAGUCUUUUAUGUUUGUUAAAUGUGGUGGAAGCUUUUAAGCAGAGGCUGGGUGGCCAUCUGUCAGGAGUGCUUUGAAUGUGAUUUCCUGCUUCGCAGGGGCCUGGACAGGAUGGCCCAUGAGGUUUCUUCCAACUAUGAUUCUAUGAAGUAAUCUUUUUUUAAAAAAAAAAUGCCAAAAAUGUAAUUUUGUAAAAAGAAUUGUUGGAACAAUCUUUUAAGAGGACAAAAAUAGAGGAAGUUAUUAAGAAUUUUAAAGCCAGGAAAGCUCCAGGUCUGGACGGAUUGGGAACAGAAUAUUAUAAAAGUUUUAGAGAAAUGUUGACUCCAAAAUUAUUAGAAUUGUAUAUUGGAAUAAGGAAAGGAGAGAAAAUACCCAAGUCAUGGAGGAAGUCAUUAAUAAUAUUAAUAUGAAAACCUGAUAAAGAUUUAACAGACAUAGGCCUAUAUCAUUAGUUAAUCAGGAUGCAAAGAUAUUAUCGGCUGUAAUAGCCAAUACAAUGAAUAAAUGCAUGUACAAAUAUAUAUAAAAAGAUGAAUUUGGGUUUGUAAAAGGCAGACACAUGUCACAUUUGAUAGGGAGAGUAUUAAACAAAAUAUGUGUGCUAUGGCGAUAGAAUUAUUUGCAAACACCAGCAGCAAUUAUAAGAAUUUAGAAGGGGUAGGAAUAAAGGAAAAGCAGAAGCUGAGCUUAUUUGCCAAUGACACAUUGUUAUUGAUUGAAAAUAUGGUAGGUACAGUAAGAUGGAUAGGAUAAAGGAUCAUUGAGAGAUAUUUGGGAAAUCAACAGGUUUACAAGUAAAUUGGACUAAAUCAGAAAUGAUGUUACUUAAUUAUACAAAGAAAGAAGAAAAAGACUUUAUAGAACAGAGCAAUGCGGGAAUUAGAAUCAAGAACAAAUUAAAAUACCUGGGAGUAAUUAUAACAAAGGACUUAAAAGAAAUAGAAGAGGUAAAUGUAGUGGCAUUGAGGAAAGUAGUUCCAAAAAACUAGAAUAUUUAUCUUGGUUUGGAAAGACAGCAUUAGUAAAAAUGAAAAUACUUCUGACGAUAAGCUUCAUAUUUAGAAUGUGUACAGUUCAGAUUACAGAAGAAGAGAUGAAUACAUUAUUUAUUUGCGACAUUUCUACCCGCCUUUCCCCACCCCGAAGGGGACUCAAGGCAGACAAAUGAUAAAUGGCAACAAAUGAUAAAUAAAUACUGUAAUGGCAGUCAAAGAAAUAGACUAAACAAAUAGUUAUGGUACAGAUCUCAAUAAAGAGGAGGGUAAGCGCUUCCUCAUAUCAAAAAAUAUUAUGAAGCAAACAUAUUGAGAUUGGUUUUAGAAGGAAUGAGAAAGAAGGAUGUAGAAUGAUGAAUAAUGGAUUCAGGAAAAGCAGAGGAAGAAAUUUGGAAUAUUUUUUUUCAAAGAGUUUAUGAGAAAAGAAAUUAGGGAAACUGGAAACCCGAUGUUGAGGAAAGUAUUAGAAAUAUGGAACAAAUAGAGGAGAUUGUUAAUAACAGAUAGUUCAAUAAUAACCCCAAUUAUAUUGGAAAAUAAAUUUCCCCCCAAAAUUUAAAGUAUAUAAUGGAUAAAAAAUUAAGGGGAAAAAACUUAGAUAAAAUAGGGAAUUGGACAAAGGCUGGAAUGAAGAAGGAAAGGAUUAUGGAUGAAUCUAGAGAAAUAAAAUUGACAUGGUUCCAUUAUAUACAAUUAGAACAAUGUUUCAAAAAGUGGGUGAAGAAUCAUAAACAUAGAAGUAAGCUUAAUCAGUUUGAACAAAUAAUACAAAAUGGAAGGGAUAGAGAGGAACAAAAAAUGUGAAAGGAAUAAGUAAAAUAUAUAAAAUAUUAAUCGAAAUAAA